AUGUCAGUGCUAUCUCCCAAGAUCAAAUUUGAUGCUUCCAAACUCAGCAGAGAUUCCUUGGACAAUUAUUUUCUUUUUGAGAGCAGUUGGAAGAAAGCAGUUUUAGAAACACAGAAGAUGAGGAAAACAUUUGGUCUAGAAGAGCCCAAAGAAUGUGCCAAAAUUCCAUACUUACCAGAAUUGCCAAGUUGCCCUGUGAUCGUAAGUUCAGCUCCAUUAGAGGUUCACAAACAACUGCUGUGUGCUGACCCUGAGCUACCUCCUGUCAGGCUAAAGAAGAUUAAGGAUUCAUGUACCAUGGUGCCCCUUCAGGAGAAAUCAAAAGGCCAGGUCUUCAGCGACCCUGUCACAGGAGCACCCUCUCAGUUCUUACAGAGACUCUCCCAAAUGGCCAUCCUGGAGUACAAUACCAUUCGCCAGGAAACACACAAGAAAUCAAGACGAGGCAAGAAGUGAGAGCUCGGAGACUGCUGAUGGGCUUCAUACCACGCAGUGCUUUCUUCCCUGGG